CUCGGCUCGUUACGCGCUCACAGAGACUGAGGCAGGCAGAGCAGGGAGAGGAGGACGCACACUCACACGCACACACUCACUGUGCGUGAGCUUUACAAACUGCAGAUCUGUGUUAGGCAAACGGGAGGCGGGGGUUUCAGGGGUGGCAUUUUCCUCUGACUCACUCAGGAUUUAACAAAAGCUAAUUUUACGCACGAACUAGUGCCAGAAAUCGUUUUUCAACUUAAGUGCGCGUUCGCCUCUGUGGUGAAUAGGAUGCGUGUCUUCUCCUGCCGACCCGGUGCUGUUUGACACAUCCCCCCCGAGAGCUGGAUCCGUUCACCGGUCUGUUUUCUCAGCGGGGGAAGUUGGGCUCGUCAUAAAAAAACUUUUGUCUUCUGGCCGUCUGGCUGUGGAUGCCACGGGAAUGGGACUGCGCCAACGGGAGAGCGUGUCCGCGCUUUGCAGGAAAAGUUUGCUGUGCACGGUGCUGCUGCUCUGGCUCAGCGCGGCCGUGGACGGGACCUGGAAGACAGGACUUUACAAGACCUACUCAGCAGCCUCCCACACCUCCGUCUACCAGAAAAGGAACUGGUGUCCUCAUACGGUCACUAAGACAGUGACGUGCCAGGUGCAGAACGGGACAAUUCUCCAGCGAGUCUACCAAACAUGCCGCUGGCCACAGGGAUGUACAGGAGGGAGCUACAGGACCGUUGUCAGACCUUCCUACAAAGUUGUGUACCGCACAGUGACCUCUCUGGAGUGGAAAUGCUGUCCAGGAUUCAGCGGCGCUGCCUGUGAGGAAGAUGCAGGGAACCAGCUUGUGGCUCAGGAAGCAGUGAGGAAACCAUCGACGCUACGCCGGCCGCCUGCACGCACAGCAGAACCAACCUCUAAUUGUCUGAACUGCAGCAGAAUCACAGCUCUGAGUGACAGGCUGAACUCACUGGAGGUGAAGGUCCAAUUACUCACUGCCCCGUCCUCCAUAUCGCAUCGCCACCCUCAGGGUAAAGGAGGAACUGCACCAGAGGCCUCAUCCCUAAUUGGGGCUGCGCCUGCUCAGGGGGCCCCUGGUGAGCAGGGACCUGCAGGUCCUCAGGGUGAAAAGGGGAGAGAUGGACUUCCUGGCAGAGAUGGGAAGUCAGGGUCUCGGGGUCUGCCAGGUCCCAGUGGGCCUCGGGGGGAGGCUGGGGCAAGGGGCCCAUCUGGAACCCCCGGAUCAAAGGGAUCCCACGGACCAGCAGGUCCCCGUGGUCCACCAGGACUCCCAGGGGACAGGGGUCUACCAGGGCCGCCUGGGCCUCCAGGGCCCCCAGCACCAGCUAGUGCCCACAUCCCAGAGCCAGACAACACUCGUAGAAAAGACCUCUUCUACACCAACACGUUUCAUGACUCACAAGGAUCGCCCGUUCCGGGACCUCAGGGCCCCCCCGGUCCUGUCGGUCCCUCAGGUCCCAAAGGCCCAGUAGGACCUCCUGGUCCACCGGGACAGAAUGGGAAAUCUGGAGCUGCUGGAACACAGGGCCCUGUGGGGCCAAAAGGAGAGCGUGGGGAUAGAGGUCCUUUAGGUUACCCAGGAGAGAGGGGCUUCAGAGGCGAGCAGGGAACACCAGGUCCUAAGGGAGAGCCAGGAGAGAAGGGCUUGCCGAGCAAUCUAAAUGGGGACGGAAUACAUCAGAUCAGAGAGGCGCUGAAGAUCUUAGCCGAGAGGGUUUUAAUCCUUGAGACUAUGAUCGGUAUUCAUGAGCCUGAUCUAGGGUCUGGGGAUGGACCGUUUGGCACAGCCUCCCCUAGUUUCUACAGAGAUAAACGAGCAGGUGCGCUUCCAUAUCGACUCGCUUCUCCUCUGUCCUCCGACACCAAGGUUCGAGGGAAGUAGCCCACACCCCCCCGCUCACCCUGAGGAUCACGGGCUGGGUUGAAUUCCCCCUCCUAUAGGUCUCAUCGGCACUCAACAGAUUUAAACCGCAUCUGAUACAGUCAGAUUUAGGUUGGGGGGGGGGGGACACCUCAGGGAAACUUCACUGAUACUCCACAAUACUCCUCCUCUAUCGGGAACUGGAGAACUAGUUUGACCCCCCACCCACCCACCUGUUGCCAUAACUACACUCUAUCUUUAUCUAUACACAAUACACCCAGCAGCCCCCCUCUCUGUGUCUCAUUUUCUUUGGCUACAGAACUGAAGCCUCAGAAUAUGUUUGAAAAAGAAAAAGGAUGAUCUGAUGUGCUCCUCGAGUGCACACAGUUCUGGACAAUAAGGGUCAUUUAGAGUAAUAAUUUGAAGGAUGAAUCAGAUGUGAGCAAAGAGACUGGAUUUGAGUUUGUAUUGCUUUCAAGUAUGUAACUGCAACUUGAUGAGAUUCCAUUAUUUAAG